AGUUCUCGAGUCGUCUGUCCUCGGCGGCGGUCCGCGGGUGACAUGCAGUCCCUCAUCUCUCCGGUGACCAAGGCUAUCCUGGUGGCUUUGUUCAUCUUCGCCAUCCUGCUGAUCCUCUACGUGAUUCUGUGGUACAUCUGCCGCGAUGUGGAUUGCGACCAUGGGAUCUGAGCGGCGCCGCGGGGCCAGGGCUUAGGAGCCGGGAUUCACCCCGCGGGGCCGGGAGCGGCAGCGGCAACGGGAGCCCCUCCGGGCGGCAGCCGCCGCCACCGCGGCCGAGCAGGGGAACAGAAGGGGAAGGAAAGAAACGAGGGGGAAAAAAAAGAAAAAAAAGAAAAGCGAGCGAAGGACCGAGCCGAAAGAGCCCGGAGGACAACUGCGAUCAAGAAACCAACCUGAGCUUGACCUUCAGAGACCAGGGUGACCCGUUUUCCCCACACAAAAUGGAAAGGUUGCUAUAGUGACUGGAGGCACUAAAGGAAUUGGUUACCAAACUGUGAAGCAUCUGGCAAGACUUGGCAUGCACGUGAUAAUAGCUGGAAACAGUGAAAGUGAUGGCCAAGAAGCGGUUCGGAAAAUAAAAGAAGAAACUUUGACUGGAAAAGUGGAGUUUUUAUACUGUGAUUUGGCUUCCAUGAAGUCUAUACGGCAAUUUGUGCAGCAGUUUAGAGCAAAGAAAUGUCCACUCCAUGUCCUGGUGAAUAAUGCUGGGGUGAUGCUGGUCCCUGAAAGGAAGACGGUGGAUGGGUUUGAGGAGCACUUCGGCUUGAACUACUUGGGACACUUCCUGUUGACAAACCUCCUCUUGGAUACGCUGAAGCAAUCAGGAACGCACAGUCACAACGCUAGGAUCAUCACUGUCUCAUCAGCCACCCAUUAUGUAGGCAAAUUGCACCUAAACGACUUACAAAGCAGGUUUUCUUGUUUUGCUGAAGUUGGCCUGUUUAUGUCCCCCAGAUGUUCGUAUUCACCCCAUGGAGCCUAUGCCCAAAGCAAACUUGCCCUUGUGUUAUUUACCUAUCGACUACAGCAUCUUCUGACUGCAAAUGGAAGCCAUGUGACUGCUAAUGUAGUAGACCCUGGAGUAGUGAAUACUGAGCUCUACAAGCAUGUCUUUUGGGUUGUGAAAGUGGUCAAAUGGAUGACAGCCUGGCUGCUUUUCAAGACUCCAGAGGAAGGAGCCUCUACAACCAUCUAUGCAGCAGUAUCACCCGAGAUGGAAGGAGCUGGUGGCUGCUACCUUUACAAUGAGGAAAGGACAAAAUCGGCUGACGUAGCAUAUGAUGAGGAGCUGCAGAGAAGGCUCUGGACAGAAAGCUGCAAGAUGGUUGGGAUUUCUGACGAAGCCAGCAGGCUUCCCUAGAAGAAGCCACUUUCAGCUGGGUAAAUGAAAUACAUUGAAAAGCAUCUUAGGUGAAUGCUUGCAGCAUCAGUCAUCRUCCUGGAAAUCACUGUUCAGUCCCAAAGGCAAAAGUGAACAGCUCUGUUUUUCACUUGAUUCCCUAAUCUGCUAGGGUGUGGGGGGAACAUUCCCACAGAAAGGUGUAGUGGUUGGUUUUAAAUCUAACCAUCAGUUUUGUAAAUCAUGAUGUUUCAGUCUGUGAUUAAAAUACAAUCUUUAAACAUGUGCAGAGUUGAGUUUUCAUUGUUUUGUUCAACAAAAAUAAUGCUUGAGCAUCUUGUGUGUG